CGUUAUCUUUGACUUUAUCGAGACAUAUCUGGUGUGUUCGAAGACUUUGAAGAUACCCUUUCUACGCUAUCGAGACAAUAAUAACACUCAUCUUUCUGACCGAAGAAUUUGUUGGAGUCCACCGUAGUGAGGAGUUGAAGUAUGCUAGCGGUCUAGGCUACACAGUGCUCUCGAGCUUUGGCUACCUCUUUCAACACUCUUGGGGUCAAGUUCUUUCUAGAAAGGGAAAUGUUCUCUUUUGGAUUGUAAUAGUCUGUCAUCGACUUUAAUAGCAUCUUUAUCUUUGGCUCUAUUGAGGCAUAUCCGGUGUGUCUGGAGAUUUUGAAGAUACCCUGUCUAAUCCAGACAGUAAUAACACAUAUCUUUCUAAACGAAGAAUUUGUUCGAGUCCACCAUAGCGGGGAGUUGAAGUAUGCAAGAGGUCUAGGCUACAUAGUGCUCCCGAGCUCAGGCUACCUCUUUCAAAGAAAGGAAAGACCAUUCAAGAAUUUUGUUAGCUCACGAGUUAUGAGUUUUAAAAAGUUUCUAUGUUCGUUGAUUCCAAUCUUUUCUUGUGAGAUUUCUUCUCUCUUUCUAUCGAAAAUUUAAAUAUCGGGUUUCAACCAAACAAAUUAUCAAUCGAUGACCAUCUUAAAGUGUUUCUUGUUUUGUUUACAUCAGAUUCGGGCUACAAUCAUUCAAAAAUGCAUGAACCCGAGAUUUUCAUAAAAGAAAAGAGCAAACCCUAAAUAGAACAAUAGAACAAUAUAGGCAUACAAGGAAAGUAGCUUAUUAUUUAUUAUUUUCAUUCUAAUUAUAUGAAUCAAAUAAACUUGUUUCCUUCUGUAGCAAAUGGAUUAGCCUAUAUUAUGAAUCAUUUGCAGAUGAAUCAAAAAUCAUAUACUCAGGGACUUCAAGAACCAAGCCCAGAUCAAGGGACAAGCAAUAUGAGCUCAACCUAUGAGAAAAAGAGGCAUCUGAAAGCAGCAGCCUUCUUGCUUGGGCUGCUGGCUUCGGCACUGACUCAGCCAUUGGCAAUGGCAAUCGGCAUUGUGCCAAUCCAGAAUUGGCGUGUUCAUGUGGUUAAUAGGCUGAAUAAUGCAACUUUAUUUGUGCAUUGUAAGUCUAAAGAUGACGAUUUGGGAUUCCAUAACCUAGUUGGUGUUGGCUCUGAGUUUCAAUGGAGUUUCAAGAACAACCUUUGGGCAACAACGUUGUUUUGGUGCUUACUAAGAAAGCCAAAUGCUUACGUGUCUUUUGAAGCGUUUUGGAUUGAGAAGACACAUAUUUGGCUCAAUUAUAGGUGUCAUGGUGGAAACUGCAUUUGGACUGCUAGAGACGAUGGAGUAUAUUUGAGAAACAAUCCCGAUAGUGUUGAUGAGCGCGUUCAUAAGUGGAAGGACUUCUCAUAAUCCGUUUUACCGACGACCCUAGCUCAAGAAUAUCGCCCAACCAUAAACAAGUCUACAAAAGUGUGUUCAAACAAGCUUCAAAACCUUUGUCCUGGCGUUCAUUUGGUUCAUGAAGUUUAUCGUCAUCGAAUGAUAAAGCGGACUUAAUCUUCAUCUCCAUUUGCUUCCCUUAUAAACACUAUAUAUACUUCCACAAAUUCAUACAUCUUCUACCUUCAUUCUUUUAAGAUUUUGUGUUCAUAACAACUUAAAUGAAAAAGAUUCAAUACAUACGGGACUUGUAAACAUUAAAAUAUGAUGGACAAAAAAAAAAGGAUAAUCUCUAGUAGUUAAUAAUACAUUUA